GGGGCUUCAGUACCUGUUUGGCAACGUCUCCCAGCUCAUUGAAAAAGGCAAACUGGGUGUCGGUGCUGUCUCCACUAUGGUCUCUCGCAAGGAGUGGGGGGCGGAAGCUGUUGGCUGCGGCACCAAGCUGACCAUGCCAGUGAAUUUUCUUGUCACGCAUCAUGUUCCUGGACUGGAGUGUCACAACCAGACUGUCUGCAGUCAGAGGCUGCGGGAGCUGCAGGCCCAUCACGUGCACAACAACAGCUGGUGCGACAUGGCCUACAACUUCCUGGUUGGGGACAAUGGCAGGGUGUAUGAAGGUGUUGGCUGGAACAUCCAAGGCAUGCACACCCAGGGCUACAACAAUGUCUCCCUGGGCUUUGCCUUCUUCGGCACCAAGGAAGGCCACAGUCCCAGCCCUGCUGCCCUGUCAGCCAUGGAGGGCCUGAUCUCCUACGCUGUCCAGAAGGGCCACUUGUCAUCCACGUAUGUUCAGCCACUUCUUGUGAAAGGCGAGGACUGCCUGGUCCCUCUGCAGAAGGCAAGUCCCAAGAAAGGUUGCCCCUACAUUGUCCCUCGGUCUGCUUGGGAGGCCAGGGAGGCCCACUGCCCCAGGAUGAACCUACCGGCUAAGUACGUCAUCAUCAUCCACACCUCUGGGAGAACCUGCAACAUGUCUGAUGAGUGCCGCCUCCUGGUCCAAGAUAUCCAGUCCUUUUUGAUGGACAGACUCAACUUAUGUGACAUUGGGUAUAACUUCCUUGUGGGCCAGGAUGGUGUCGUUUAUGAAGGAGUGGGCUGGAAUGUCCAAGGCUCCCACACCACUGGCUACAAUGACAUUGCCCUGGGCAUCGCCUUCAUGGGCACCUUCUCAGGUACCCCGCCCAAUGCUGCAGCACUGGAGGCAGCCCAGAACCUGAUCCAGUGUGCAGUGGAUAAGGGAUAUUUGACUCCCAACUACCUGCUGGUGGGGCAGAGUGAUGUUAUCAAAACGCUGUCUCCUGGGAAGGCUUUGUACAACAUCAUCAGCUCCUGGCCUCAUUUCAAACACUGAGGGAGCCCCUGCUCCUUCUGAGAUUGCUCCCCCUGCCUCCUGGUUGCUGGGCCUCCCCUGCCCUCACCCUCCAUCCUGGUUCAACACCUCGUGUCCCCUCUCUGCCAGCCCCAUCGUG